AUGUGGUCUUCCCGUUCACACUCACACUCACACUCUCACCCAUCAUCUUCAGCCACCGUCAACUUUCAUAUUCCCAUAACACCUUCAAAACCAUCACAUUCAUCUUCCAACGAGUUUAACAUCAUUAAUCAAGAUAGUGAAAGUGUUGUGAAAUCUAAAAGUCCAUUUCGUCUUGCUCGAUUAAGACUUAGUUUUGGUCUGAAAUCCAAUAUGGGUCAAACUUCUUCACUCCCACGUUCUAAUCCUCCAGAUAAUCUACCUGUCCCAGUACCUAUCACUCCUAUCAAAUCUGGAAUUGAGGGGGUUGAUGGAAUGGAAGAAUUAGGGAAACGAUUGGUAGGAUCUACAGGUCCGAUGGGAUCUACAGGAUUGGCAGGGGGAGUAGGAUUGGCAGGAGGAGUAGGAUUGACAGGAACAUAUCAUCGAAAAUCUUACAAUUCUCUUCGAAGGAAAAUAUCAAACAGACCGAAGGUCGAGAAGACAGGGACGACACUACGUUCUAAGUCAAGUCGAACUUUAGGAGAAGAAAUACAAAUAUUCGAAUUAUUAGUUCAAACAGCUGAAAAGAAAGUAGGUUUAGAACAUGAUUUCACACCUAUUAAAUCAUCUUCUAUAUUCACUACGACUCCUCAUACACCAUUAUCACAAAGUAAAUUCACAAGAAUCCCUCAGACUCCAUUAUCACGUAUAUCACGUAAUGGUCAUAAUCAUAAUCCACUUCGUAUUCCUCUUUUCGAACGAUCGGGCCAAUCCAACAAGGAUGAUCAUGGGGAGAAUAUCAAACCCAUUGGAGAGAGGGUGAUAAGUGUUGGUGGUAUAGAGAAAGAUGUUGGAGGUAUAGAAGAAGAAAAUAUGGGAAAAUUAGAAGAAACGGAAAAGAUAAAUCAAAGAAUUUCUCCUAAAUCGAAGAAAACAUCACCAUAUCAAUUACAUCGACAUAAUUCUACUUUUUCAAUUCAUUCUGGAAUAGGAUCAUUACAUUCUUCUAGAAGAGCAGAAAGAGAAUGGCGCGCUAGAGUUGCUGCUUUAGCUGUAGGAGGUAUAAAUGGUAAUGGUAGUCCAGGUAGGAAUAGUAAACAAGAAAUUAGAGGACCUGUUCCUCCUAGAAGAACGAUGGGGAAUAUGAUCAGAACUAAUUCUGAUCCUACUUCCACUUCAUCUAAUCCCACUUCCGCUCCUUCUUCAUCAAAUCCUUUCCAAACAUCAUCCUCCAUUUCUCUUACCCCUCCCGAUUCAAAGAUUACUACCGACAAACCGAUAUCGUUUUCUUUAGGAAUGGACGAUUUUUCAAAUGGUUUGAAGACCCCAAGACUGACUCCGAGAAUAUCGAUCGAUUUCGAUUUAACGGAUCAACCUCGUUCUUCAUUAGAUACCAUGGGUUGUCCUCGAUAUCUCGAUUCGACAUCAUACAGUUCACCGAAUAUAUCACUUGGAGGUAGUCCUUUUGGUGUUCAUAAAAGGGAAAGAAGUGCAGAACCAAGUAUCGCCAGUUAUUAUUUCGCAGCUGAAUCUCGUCCUGGAUCAAUAGGAGCUGGAAGUUUCUUAGCAGGUGGGAGGAGUGUUUCUAUACCACAAGAUCAACCUUUCGUCUUGAGAGAUGAUAAUAAGAGUGGUGAGAAAUAUGGGAAAUAUGAGAUAACUCGAGAGGCUCAAGGAGAGGAAAUAAGUGUGCAAGAUGAUGAAACUGAAAUUGGAAUAUUUGGUGUAGAUUUGGAAUUCUCAACUUCGACUAUUCAUUUACCUUUACCUUCUUCAAAUCUGAUUCGUCCUAUUUCUUUACCUCCACUUACCGAUAUAUCUUCUCCUGAUAUUACUCUUGAAAAAGCUUAUCCGAAUCAUCAUCAUCAGGAAGAUAAAAUAUCACCUCCUUCUUCCGCCCCCUGCGUCUCGAGACGAUUCAAGAAUGAUAUUUCAUCUUCCAUAUACGAUCAUCAAGUGAAACCGGAUGAUUCUCCUUCUAUUAGAUCUAUCAAAACCAGAUCUACACCUUCUCCUCUAUCUUCUAUCCCUCCUAAGAGAUCAGGUUUAACAUUAGAUUUCAUGUCUUUCACUUCGAACUCAAACCGUUCAUCUAAUUCAGCUCAACCUUCCAUCAUACCUAACUCUCAAAAUCUUUUCAGGAAUUCAUCUAUUCAAUCACAUAAAUCUAUUCAUACUCCUCGUCGAAUCCCAACACAUGUAUCUCAUCUUUCAAAUACAUCCAUAUCGACAUCGAUGACAAGAACUAUAUCAUCCACUUCUCCUUCUUUUUCAAGUCCAGAAGAACUUUAUUCUUUUUCUAAUCCUUCAGAACUUUAUCCUUUCUCUAAUCCUUCCGACCUUCAUCCUUUCUCUACUCCUUCAAAACACAACCCAACUUCAAGUCCAUCAGAACCUCACUUUUCACCAUCAACACCACCAACUCCCACACCUUAUAGUCCCACCACAGCUCAUAUCCUCCAUGGACCUUUAGAUGAUGGAUGGGCGUAUGAACUAGCUUCUUUCGAUAGUCCAGCAAAAAUAGGACAUCCUUUCGCUCGAAAAAGACAGAGUGUAAGGAUAUCAACAGGAAAAGAAGGGUUGAGGAAACCUUUGAAAAAUAUGAAUCUCGAACAAGGUUUCAUGAGAUUAUCAUAUGUUUCCAAAGAUGAAGAUCAAAAUAAGAUCAAGGGUGAGAAUGAAAUUUGGAAUGAAGAAAAAGGUAAAGAAACAAGGAAGAAGAAUUUCCAGAAUGGUAAAGAUGUUUGUAAGAUUGAAAAGGAUGAAGAACAGAGAGAGGAUGUAAAGGAUGAAAGUGGGAAGAUGAGGUAUAAGACAAAAAUGAGAAUAACAAAAUUAGAUUUAACACCAGGUAUGGAAACUGGUCAUAGACCUCCUAAAAGUGGUUUACCCAUUGAUGACCUUAGAAGUUGGUUAGCUAGUACUUCCAUCGUUGCGUAA